CAAAAACAGCUGAUUGCUUGAUUUUAGACUGUCGGGUCGGGAAGAAAAUAUCUGAAAAAAGUUAGUUUUUAUAUAAAUUAUCAAUAGCACACUCAAUGCUGAUUUCAUAAAGGUGUUACAAAUGACAUCAUUAGUGAAUAUAGGUGUAAAAUUCUCCAUAAAACACCGUAAUUUUUCAACUUUGUGUAAACACAUAAAUAAGUGUGGCGAGUUACAUUUUCCAGCAACACAAAAUGUUACCAAACGUUGGUUAUUCUGGGAGAAAGACAGAAAAGGUGGCUAUGAUACUGCGAUUAAAGUUUCCCUAAAGGAACAUCUGAAGAAUGGCUUUAAAGAAAUAAAGAAUGAGUUUCGUUUGCUGUCUCAAGAAGUCAAGGAUCUUGUUGAAACAGACCCCCUUCUAGUUGCUCGUCCAGGUGAAACUGAUGUAAUCUGGUGCUUCAAUGAGCAGUCAGUAUUGGACAAAUUCGUGACUACGAGCGAUAGCGACCACAACCAGGGCUACAGCACGUGCAAACUGGAGCUGAGUGAGGCUGGCAGGGCCCAGUUCCACGGCAUCCUAGACACCAGGGUGCCUAAGGAUGGAAGGAUAAAGAAGGCGGGAUAUUGCGCUAUGAGAUCUCAAAGAAUUAGGAAAUCCUUCAAACGGGAGUCAACAUUCAAUUGGAAUUUAUACAAUACCUUGGUACUGAAAGUGCGUGGUGAUGGCAGAUCUUACUUAUUGAAUAUCGCCUGUGAAGGGUAUUAUGACAUAACAUGGAAUGAUAUUUACCACUACGUGCUUUACACCAGAGGCGGUCCUUACUGGCAACUUGCUAAGAUACCAUUUUCUAAAUUCGUCUUCGCUUCAAAAGGCCGAAUACAAGACAAACAACACAGGAUGCGACUUGAUAGAGUGACGCACUUCGGAAUAGCGUGUGGUGAUAAAAUACCUGGUAGAUUCAACUUGGAAAUAGAAUAUGUUGGUAUGUAUUUUCAUACACUACGUAGGUUACGUACGUCGGUAUUGAGCAGUGAGGAAGGGAUGGCAUUUGUAUACGUAUGUCUAAAGUUUAUAAUGUAGUAUAGUGUCGCUAAA